AUGGGCCGGGCCCGGCCGGGCGAGCGCGGGUCCCCCGGCUCCGGCCCCGCCGCGCCGCCCGCGCCGCCAGCGCCCUCGCCGCGCUGCGCUCGCGCCCUGGCGCUGCUCGGGGCCCUGAUCGCCGCCGCCGCCGCGGCGGCCGCCGCCCGGGCCUACGCCCGCUACACCGAGGCCCAGGCGGCCGCGCGGCAGGAGUCGGCGCUGAAGGCCCUGGGGACAGAAGGCCUCUUUCUCUUCUCCUCACUGGACACUGACCAGGACAUGUACCUCAGCCCUGAGGAGUUCAGGCCCAUCGCGGAGAAGCUGACAGGGUCAACUCCUACGGCCAGCUACGAGGAGGAGGAGCUGCCCCCUGACCCCAGCGAGGAGACGCUCACCAUAGAAGCCCGAUUCCAGCCUCUGCUCCCAGAGUCCAUGACCAAGAGCAAAGAUGGAUUCCUAGGGGUCUCCCGCAUGGCCCUGUCUGGCCUCCGCAACUGGACAACCGCAGCCUCGCCAAGUGCCGUGUUUGCUGCCCGCCACUUCCGGCCCUUCCUGCCCCCUCCGGGCCAGGUGGAGCUGGGCGAGCCCUGGUGGAUCAUCCCCAGUGAGCUGAGUGUCUUCACCGGCUAUUUGUCCAACAACCGCUUCUACCCACCACCACCCAAGGGCAAGGAGGUCAUCGUCCACCGGCUCCUGAGCAUGUUCCACCCGCGGCCCUUCGUGAAGACCCGCUUUGCCCCUCAGGGUGCAGUCGCCUGCCUGACGGCCAUCAGCGACUUCUACUACACUGUGAUGUUCCGGAUCCACGCCGAGUUCCAACUCAGCGAGCCACCUGACUUCCCUUUCUGGUUCUCACCCGGCCAGUUCACCGGCCACAUCAUCCUCUCCAAAGAUGCCACCCACGUCCGUGACUUCCGGCUCUUCGUACCCAACCACAGGUCUCUGAAUGUGGACAUGGAGUGGCUCUAUGGGGCCAGUGAGAACAGCAAUAUGGAGGUGGACAUCGGUUACAUACCUCAGAUGGAGCUGGAGGCCACAGGCCCCUCGAUACCCUCCGUGAUCCUGGACGAGGAUGGCAACAUGAUCGACAGCCGCCUGCCCUCAGGGGAGCCCCUCCAGUUUGUGUUUGAGGAGAUCAAGUGGCAGCAGGAACUGAGCUGGGAGGAAGCCGCCCGGCGCCUAGAGGUGGCCAUGUACCCCUUCAAGAAGGUCACCUACCUGCCAUUCACCGAGGCCUUCGACCAAGCCAAGGCCAAGAACAAGCUGGUGCACUCGAUCCUGCUGUGGGGGGCCCUGGAUGACCAGUCCUGCUGAGGUUCAGGGCGGACUCUCCGGGAGACAGUCCUGGAAAGUUCGCCCAUUCUUGCCCUCCUCAACGAGAGCUUCGUUAGCACCUGGUCCCUGGUGAAGGAGCUGGAGGACCUGCAGAACAACCAGGAGAACCCGUCCCACAAGAAGCUGGCCGACCUGCACCUAGAGAAGUACAGCUUCCCCGUGGAGAUGAUGAUCUGUCUGCCCAAUGGCACCGUGGUGCACCACAUCAACGCCAACUACUUCUUGGACAUCACCUCCAUGAAGCCGGAGGACGUCGAGAACAACGCCUUCAGCUUCUCGUCCACCUUUGAAGACCCGUCCACGGCCACCUACAUGCAGUUCCUGAAGGAGGGCCUCCGGCGCGGCCUGCCCCUCCUCCAGCCCUAGUGCGGCCGCCGGACCCAGGCCUCGAGGAGCCAGGCUGAGAGGCGAGCUGGAAGGAAAGGCCCCCAGCCACGCCCUGCGACCCCAGAGCCAGAGUGGUCCUUGCACAUUUCAAAAGUCAGGCAUUCCCACCCCACCACCCCAGGCUGCCUGUGAGGUCGGAGGUCAACUAAGGGUGGCUGUCUUAGCUUUGCACCUGUUAGGGGGCAGUUGACAAGGAGCUGCGUGGUCUGACUGGUGUGUGAACCUGAAGCUCCAGCUGCCACCAUCGGCCCUUUACCACCCACCUGGCUCCGGAAGCUGCUUAAGGCCCCUGAAAUGGAGCCCUGGGUCAUUUCACUAGACGUUGCCCUCUCAAGCGCAUGGUCCAGGCCCUUGUGGGGUGAAGAAUAAGAGAAGUGAGUGCUAGGGAAACAGGGCCACCCUUUCUCCUUCCUUUCACCUCUCCCCAAAAGGAACGUCAAGAAGUCUGGCAUGGGGGGUGGGUGUCAGAGAAGUAUCUUGUUUUUGUCGGGAGCCUUCUUCCUGGCCACGGCCCUAGCUGCCCUCCUGUGCCUGGUGUCCCUGGUGGGGUCAGUCUCAGCUGGAGACAGCCAUCUGGAGGCUCUGAGCAGAACCGUUCUUCAGAAGGGGAAACCAUCAGUCCCCCAGACCUUGGCUCCUCAGGCCAGUGCAUCCGACCUCAUGACAGGACCCCCAAACCUGUUUGGGGACUUGCUGGGGGCCGGCUGCCUGGAAAGGUUUGCUGUGAGGUAGGCUGCUGCCCUUAGCAAGGGGUUCCACUGAGGAGCCCCUGAGGCCCAGGCCCAAGGCACCGCCUGUGUACCCCAGCACAGGGUGAUGGCGGGACUGCCGGAGCCAGAGCUCCGGGCUCGCCCCCUGCCCCUAAGACCUCAGCUCCACAGAAGUGUCGCCCAGCCAGAGGGCAGAGCCUCCCCCCGGGGCCAACACGCUCCCAGCCUUCAGGCAGCCCAGACUGGCCUGUCCCCUGCUGGGUGGCUGCUGACCCUCCGUGGCCGCUUUUACGGCCUUAGUUCACAUCCCAAGCCACUGACCACAGCCAGUCCCUUUUUUAUACAUGCAGAAAAAGUGUUUUUAUAUGACCUUUCUCACAGUUUGUAGGUAUUUUUGAUAACCCCAGCGCUGGGGAGAAGGAUAGGGGCAAAGGCUCCCUCCAGCAGCUGCCCCAUGACGGCUGGAUCUGAAAUCCCAGAUGGAUCCAGUUUGAUGUCUUUGCAGUUGCACCUGUGGGAAGAAGUACACCUCUCUUCCUUCUCUUCUAGUUUUUUUAAAAAAAACAAUCCUCAGAGGGUCAAUGUAUCUUCACUCUGCACUCAGGCCCACGAGGGCCCUUAGGGCGUCAUUAAGGCCUUGGAGCCCAGGCUGUGCCCCGCCCCCACCCCACAUGGGCUGUCUCCUCAACCGGGAUGAGGAAGGAAGGCGGACUCUUCCUCAGACACGUUCCCAGGCCUUCCCCCUGCUGAGUUCCCCGCCCGCCACGGGAGUGUCCACCCUGAGCUUUCUCCAUCUGAGGCAUUCUGUCAAUAUUACAUGUCUUUUCUCAUUUAAUCCUCACAACAAGCCUGUGAGGCAGAUAUUAACUGUUCCCAUUCUACAGAAGAAAAAAACUGAGUCUCACCCUGGCUGGUGUGGCUCAGUGGAUUGACACCUGCAAACUGAAAGAUCUCCCGUUCGAUUCCCAGUCGGGGCCCAUGCCUGGGUUGCAGGCCAGGGCCCCAGUAGGAGGCAUGUGAGAGGCAAGCAAUUGGUGUCUCUCUCACACAUUGAUGUUUCUCUUCCUUUCUCCCUUCCUUCCCCUCUCCCUAAAAUAAAUAAAAUCAUUAAAAAAAA